UCUUCGGCCUCCUGGAAUAAUCGGCACCCCGUUUUCUUUAUCUGAAACGACCACUACCACCGCCAGCGACAUCAGACCACAUUCUCAAUCGUAUAUCCAAGAUGAAGGGCACUAUGAAAGCGCUGUGGUACAACAAGCCCCAGGACUUCGAAAUGAAGGAAGUACCCAUCCCGGAGGUGGGCGACGACGAUGUGCUCUUGAAAGUGACCUACUGCGGAGUGUGCGGCACCGACGGACACAUUCACGACGGCGAGUUCAUCGCCAAGUUCCCUCUCAUUCCCGGACACGAAGCGGUCGGCACCGUGGUUGAAUUCGGCAAGAAUGUGAAGGGGUUCGAAAUCGGUGACCGAUGCGCGGCCGACGUGGGCAUUUCGUGCCAAAAUUGCUUCUACUGCCGACGAGGGAACGGCUUGCUCUGCGAAAACUUCCAUGCGCGUGGUGUGACGAUGCAGGGUGGUUUCGCGGAAUACAUCGCAUACCCCCAGAACAAGCUAUACAAGAUCACGCGGAUGACAGAUGAGGAGGCGACCCUCUUGGAGCCGGCAGCAUGCGCGAUCCACGGCCUUGACAAGCUCAACCCGCCAGUCGGUAUCGAGGUCCUGCUCCUAGGUGCCGGUCCGACCGGUUUGAUCCUCGCUCAGCUCUUGAAGCUAAACGGUGCCUCGAAGGUCGUCAUCGCCGCGAACAAGGGCAUCAAGAUGGACCUGGCCAAAGACCUCGAGUGCGCGGACGAGUACAUCGAGCUCGACCGGUCUAACCCCGAGCCGCAAUGGGAGCAGCUGAAGAAGGACAACCCGUACGGGUUUGACGUCGUUGUCGAGGCGACGGGCGUGGAGAAGCUCGCGAACGACUCGAUCAACUAUGUGCGUCGUGGUGGUACCCUCAUGAUCUAUGGUGUGUACGAGAACAAGGCGCUCGUGCAUUGGCCGCCGAGCAAGAUUUUUGGUGACGAGAUCACGAUCAUCGGCUCGUUCUCGCAAACCUUCUGCUUCCCCCGAGCGGUCGCGUAUCUCGAUAGCGGCAAGAUCAAGACGAAGGGCAUGGUUACGGACAUCUUCAAGCUCGAGGAUUACCAGAAGGCGCUCGACAAGAUGAACAGCCGUACUGCGCUCAAGAUUGCUAUCAAGCCUUAAGCGCGGCUUCCUCUGGGAGCAAUACCAGGUGUCGAGGGGCUCGCUGUUGUAGAACGAUGGCGCUGGAAAAACCUGGACAGAAUGUCGUUGGCCAGAAUGUAGCUGUAGCACCGUUUACAAGACGAUAACUUCAUGGGAACCUCGGCCCUAACUCCGAGAUACCGCCGCGCACCAAAUAAUUGUUGGCGCGCCUGUCGCCUACUGACUCUAGUCAUCCUGCAUCCACCUCUCCAUAGCUGUACUACGUCGUGCUUGAGGCUCAGGCCUAGGGUAAAUCGUUAGUCCGCCGGCCACAACCCGCCAGGUCGUCUCCGCCAAGACUGAUGCACUUGCCGAGAGCGUUGUUCCUCAACUUUUGGCUCCUCUCUGGCUCGAGCCUCGUCACAAUUUACGCCCAAGGGUCGGAGUAUCAUCUGGACAUCGACCCGCAAGCCGCCGUCGCGAGCAUUUUGAUGGCAGGCGGACAGGGAGCAGCUGUACGUGAUGCUUAAGAUUUCCGACAUUCUGUUUUGCGUCUCCAGGGCGCAUACAUUCAUGCACAUGUGAACCUUGAACUAAUGUUCGACUCUUCUGGAUAUGUGCAGGUGCCGCUGGAUGUGGAGAACUACCCCGUCGCGCCGGCCGAGCUCGAGCUGAAGCAGGUCCACGUGUUCGUCCGUCACGGCGAGCGCACGCCCGUCGGCGUCCGGAUGGCGGGACCGCCGGCGUCGAUACCGGAGCAUUGGAUGAUGUGUAAGAACGCGAGGAGGUUUAGGGCGGCGGUUGCGGGGUGGGCGCCGAGUGAAGAUGCGGAGGUGGCGAGUAAUAAGGGUGGGGGGAGGGAGAGGGAGGAGGACGCGUUUUUGAGCAUGAAGAAGGUGGUGGAGAGGGCCGACGGGACGAGUGCGGAGGGGGAGUGCUUGUUGGGAGAGUUGACGGAUAUCGGACGUCAAACGACGUAUAACUAUGGUUCCGCGCUUCGGAAGCUAUACGUAGAGAAGCUUGCCUUCCUGCCUGACGUCUUGAAGAGCGAAUCGGAGACCUACUUCCGGUCGACGAACAUGCCACGAACAAUAGAAUCCCUCCAGCAGAUCAUUCAUGGAUUAUACCCUUUACACAAACGCGACGAAGACGUCACUGCGAAGGUGCUGAUUCGGUCCGUUGCUCGUCUCCGCCUUUAGUCCUUGAUAUCGCUGUGUUCACCUGCCUGUCCACCGAUCCGGUCGUCCAUUAAAUAUGUUUGCACGGCUCUAUUCGCCACCUCUGAUGCACCCUCA